GGGCUUCAGGGGGCGGGUAGGCCGCGACCACCGUUGAGCCCACCGAGAGAGGGGCCGUUGGAGUCAGAGAACCCUGCUAUGGUUCAGCUGGAUCUGGAACGAGCAUUAGGAAUAAUGACGCUUAUGUGGAUGCCAAGAGGACUUUAGCAGUGAAUCUGCAACCAUUUUUGUCUUUCUCCAAGAAGCUGCUUAGUGAGCUGUGGAUGUGGAUCUGCCGCCUUAAUCUGCACAACAACCCUGUGAGGGACGCCAGCUCAGAGCGGCGUUCACAGAUCUUCACUAAUUUCAUCCUCACAGCAACCUUUUCAGAUGCAGUCUUUAUGGAUCCUGACCCCAACACCUGAUGUUUAGAUACAACAAAGCCCUGCUGGCUCCAUUCUUCAUGCCUCCAUCUUCCUCCUCUAACCCUCCAUUUCCAAAACACUCCAGAGGGAACAAGAAAGCCGGACUUACUCCAGGAAGCUGAACAGAUUUUUGCCAAAUAAUCACACCAGUACCAAAAUUAUUUAUCUGAAGCUUUCUGCCAACCCAUGGAGGAAGCAGGUAGAUAGGACAUCCACAACCUUGUUAAGGCUGUGUUCCUGGAAAGCUGAGCGCCUGGGUGCAGAGUGAUGGAUUCCAGUGCAGCAGUGUUCUCCACCCAGGGGAGCCCCUUCUUGGAGGCAUCCAAUUUCCAGAGCCAUUACCACCCUUCCCGGGCACAGCCGUUGAGCCAGAGAGAACGAACCAUGGCUCUGAGCCCACCCCGUUUGCAACAGAGAAAUCGCCCCGCCUCCCCCAAGGAGGCUGAAACGUCGAGCCUCCCGCUUCUACCUGACUGCAGCUGCCAGGAGGCAAAACUUCCUGACUCAGACUCUGCAAGCCCCUACAAUGAGUCAUGGCCAUCAACUGAGCGCAGCUCGUCCUCCCUGACCCCAGAGGAAGCAAGGGCACUCCCCCCAGAGCAAACAUCAGGGACCAAGGCACUGGCCUCUCCAGAGCUCCAGGGCUCCAUCGCUUCUUUUUCAAAUAGCGAAUCAGUUAUUGCCAGGUACAUAGAGCGAUUCCGUUAUGGGCAGCCCACUACUCGUAGAGAGCGCUGGACGCCCGGCAGUAAGUCGCCUCCCUUUUGGUGGCUUGGCCAUUCGUCUCCCACUGAAGGUGACAUCUCCAAGACAGAGACAUCGACAUCUUCGAGUGCCAGCAGGAAGGAUGUAGACGCAGCGAAUUCUUUCAUUGGGACAGACUUGGACCCGCUUGGAGGGAGGCCAUCUUCCUUCAGUCCCGUGCUGGACCAUUCUCCUUCAGGGGAAUCCCAAGACUCUUCCACACUGGAUCCCGAAACAAUUAGCCUGCAAGAGAGAGCAGCCAGGCUGCUGCACAGAAGCAUGUCCCCUUUGAGUAGCUGCAGGCAUGUGAGCUCCGAGGGACUCAGCUCCACCCCCACCUCUACCAUUGCGAAUGCUGAUGCAGAUCUGAUCGGACAGGCCCCAAAGCCACUGGUGGGGCAUCACCAUAAAGCCAGCCUAGGUGCUCUCACUUGCCCCGCUGUCCAAAUAUUGCCAUCUUGUUCUUCUUUGAGACCAGAAGAUGACAUCCUGUUCCAGUGGCGCCUGCGUCGGAAGAUGGAGGAAGCCAGCAAAGCCGUUGCUGUGCUGCCCUCCAUAGGCUGGAGGAGUCAAUACUGCGAGCCUGCCUAUCCUCCUAGCACGAUGGGCGGAGCAGCUCUGUCACCAGAGCCCAUCAGCUGGAAGAGCAAAGACAGAACAACAUUGGCAGCAUCUGAGGCCCAGCUAAAAUCGACUCUGAACGAGCAUCCCUGCUGCUGCAGAGACCGCUGGAGAAGUGGACCCUCCUCCCAACCACCUGCUGAAGGAGCUUCGUUCAGCGAUCAGAACGUGAUGCUUGGACAUUCUGAGCCAAACCAAAAACAAAGUGUGAAGGAACCGAUCCUGAAAGAGGAUUCUGUCCCUGUGCGCCUCGAUUGUCUUCCCCCGCCAAAGCUGGCAGGGGCCACCAGACCUUUGGACCUGAGCUCCCCAGACCAUUCCCAAAAGGCGGCCUGGCCUGCACAGAAGGUGUUCUCUGAACCCAGAGGAAAGCAGAGGCCAUUCAGAUCUGAGCAGAGCAGGCCAAAAGCACCCAGAGACUCUGCAAAGCCGUCCGUCAGUCCAGGGAAACAUGUUCAGCGUGUCUUGGGAGAGGUGGUCACCGAAAGGCUGUUCUCCUUACCUGACUCUCCAGCUCCGCAGAAGGGUAAAUUGAAGAGGACCUCCAAGAAACAGGGCCUGGAAGACUCUUUGCCAGACACUGUUGCCACUCCAUCCUAUCCUGAGCUCCUGUACGUGGCUGCUCAGCUCCUGGAGCAGGCUGAAGACUCAGAUGGCACCGAUUUCGAGGAGGAUCCGCUACUUCAGGUGCUGAGGAGCCAGAGGGACCUGUUGCGCAGACAGCUGAGGGCAGUGGACGUUCGGGUGGCUCAGCUAGAAGGUCACCACUCUAAUCAGGACUUCUCCAAUCCGUGACUGACUUCGAUAUUGUCUUCUCUCCCUCUCCAAUAUAUUUUGGGCAUCCCUUUCUCCAGAGAGUGGUACACAAGGCCUGGGGCAAACGAUGACUGCUUGCCCAUUUUGGGUUCAGUGAUGCACUCUACACCUAGUGAUGUUGGUGAAUCUUCACAGAAGCCAGCAGUGAGCGGAGAGAAACCAGGCUCUGUUAUGUAGUGAUGUCCGUAGCACAUAAAUAGUGCCCUGUUUCCAUGGUUUCUCUGUGUAUCUUUUUUGUGUGUGACAGAACUAAAAUAAAAGUGUAUUUUUGGAUCAGA